AAUCCAAAACGUUCAAGAAUAUCGGAAGCCUCCUCCUCUGAAGCAACCCCGGACUUCUCUUCACUGCUAAGUUUCUGAAAAACUUUCUCAAAAAAAAAAAAAAGAAAAGUUUCUGAAAAAACUGUUGAGCGAGCGUGUUAUUCAAAACCCAUUUUCAAUUCAGAGACUUAACAGAUUUUGCUCUCCCGUGGAUUCUUCUGCUUUCUUUUGGCUUCAGAUUUUCUGUUGCUCUCUCUGUUUUUCUCUCUUGUUACAUCCUUUCUUUUUGGAGUCUUGAAUUAUGGGCCAAAGCAAUUCCAUGAGCCAACAACGACCCAGAGCGGAGUUGCUCUAUGAACUGGUCAGCACUGGAAACGUGGAAGCCAUCAAAGCUCUUUGCAGUGAAGGUGCUAGCCUUGAGUGGAUUGACAGAGAAGGAAGGACCCCCCUCAUUUUGGCAUGUAUGAAUCCCGAACUGAUUCAUGUUGCCAAAACUCUUAUUGAAUUGGGUGCCAACGUCAAUGCUUAUUGUCCUGGGGCUCAUACGGGUACUGCUUUACAUCAUGCAGCAGAAAAAGGCUUGGAACAGUCUGUUAAGUUACUUCUUUCCCAUGGAGCAAAUACCCUGGUGAGGAAUGAUGAUUGUCAAACUCCACUUGAUGUUGCCAGAGUAAAAGGGCACGCCAAUAUUGUUCGUGCAAUUGAGAAUCAUGUCUGCUAUUUCUCUGGCUGGUUGCGGGAGUUUUAUGGUCCAAGCUUUCUUGAAGCAUUAGUGCCUAAACUGUUAUCAAGAACAAUUUGGGUUGUUGUUAUACCUUUUGGUUCCAGUAAUUCUACAAUGCCUCUCAAAAUGGAGCUCAAAAUAUAUCGUACUUUGCAAGAUGCGCAGCCUCGCUCAGUUAUUGCUCUUUGGAAGGCCAAAAUUGAGGAACCUGAUUUUCAUCAAAAGGAGCCAGCACUAACUAUAGUUGACCAGUUUACCAAAACUCGGUAUAAGCUUGCAUCCACCAUCGAGGGUGAUAAACAGCAACUUCAACGGUUACAUAAUGCGUGCAUAGGAAUUCCUCAGGUUAUGCCUCCCCCAGUGCUUGACAAUACACAAACCUCAACUCUAGAAGCUGCACCUCAAACUUCUGCAGAAGCUGUUGAGAGACCCCCUGCUGUAGGAACCGCAAAAAUAAAUGUAAGCAGCAAUGGGAGGAUGGAUGAGCCUUCAAAAGAAGAUUACAAUGGAUGGGAUUUGCCUGAUUCUGGGACGGUUGGCAAUACAACUCAACAUGGGCAAACCAGUGGUAAUAUUUCUCCUGUUGCUCCCACAAACAGUGGCGUUUCUACAUCCGCUUCUUCAGCUUCAGUUCCAUCUGCUGCUCCUAUUCCUGAGGAGUGUUUGGACGAAGGGCCAAUUCACCAUCCAUCCAUUGAUUUCAGCCCAGUGGACUGGUCCGUUCCAGCCAGAGAGGAUGGGGCUUCUGUAACAAAUGAUGUGAAAGAUGAAGGCAGUUUUUCCUCGUGUAUCAUAUGUUGAGAAGCUCCAGUAGAGGGAGCAUGCAUUCCCUGUGGUCAUAUGGCUGGUUGCAUGUCCUGUUUGGUUGAGAUCAAGGCCAAGAAAGGUGUUUGCCCUGUAUGCCGAUCCAAUAUAAAGCACGUUGUGAGGUUUUAUGCUGUCUGAUAAGUGAACAUAUUAUUAUGGAGCUGGGAAUCUGGGAUUGUUUUAAGAUUUUGACAUUAAUAUAUUUUUUAUCCAUGAGCUUGUGACAUUCAUUUAAUGGGGUUUUGAACAUAAAUGCACACGUUGCAACCCUGUCCUUUUUGUGAUGUACAGUUAGCAAGGGGAACUGCGCUCUCGUUUUAUGGAACUCUUCUGGAAACGCUGUUUUUUCAAUGUUACUGCAAUUACAGAGUAUGUAUA